CACUGUAUUAGAAUGUGAUGAUGCUUUUCAGUAGAAGGAAGCAGUGAUCGGGCCAGGGAGGGAGCCCAGGCCUGCUUUAGUCUCUGUGCAGUGUAGAGCCUCGGCCCAUGAGACAGGCGAGGGAGGUGGCAUCAUGUCAUGGCUGUCUAUGUGUGUGUGUGCACUGUGCACUUAGCGACACGCAGCUCGUACACGGAACACACCGGGGAAGGGGGAUCUGCCGCAUUCUUAUCUCAUCUACUGUGGGAAGGAGAAGACUGAGGAUAGGGCUGAUGUGCUGACACCAUUCCAACCAGCCACAUGAAUCUUGGGACUAGCUGCAUAAAUGAACAGAGAACUCAUUGACCUCGGCUCCAGAUGACUUACAACUAAGUAAAGAUGUCUGCAGCAGCUAAUGAAAAUGGAAAUGCAACAGGUGAAAAAACGAAUGGGGAGAAAACGUACAAAAAGACAGCAUCAUCGGCAAUUAAGGACACAAUUCAGUUGGGAAUACACUACACAGUCGGUAAUCUUACAUCCAAACCUGACAGAGAUGUGCUUAUGCAAGACUUUUAUGUAGUGGAGAGCGUCUUUUUACCCAGAGAAGGAAGCAACUUAACCCCAGCUCAUCAUUAUCCUGACUUCAGAUUUAAGACAUAUGCACCAUUAGCAUUCCGGUACUUCAGAGAGCUUUUUGGUAUAAAACCUGAUGAUUACUUGUAUUCACUGUGCAGUCAGCCUUUGAUUGAGCUGUCCAACCCAGGUGCAAGUGGCUCCAUCUUUUACGUAACCAGAGAUGAUGAAUUUAUUAUCAAAACUGUACAGCACAAAGAAGCAGAGUUUCUUCAGAAAUUGCUUCCUGGCUAUUACAUGAACUUGAACCAAAACCCCCGGACCUUGCUGCCCAAAUUUUAUGGACUAUAUUGUCUUCAGUCUGGAGGCAUAAACAUUCGACUUGUUGUAAUGAACAAUGUACUGCCACGGUCCAUGAAAAUGCAUUAUAAAUAUGACCUCAAGGGUUCCACAUAUAAGCGGAGAGCAUCUCGGAAAGAACGGGAGAAAUCUACCCCCACAUACAAAGACCUGGAUUUUAUGCAAGAUAUGCCCGAAGGAAUAUAUUUUGAUCCUGAGACUUACAGUGCAUUGAUGAAAACACUACAGAGAGACUGUCGUGUACUAGAAAGUUUCAAGAUCAUGGACUACAGUCUACUACUUGGCAUUCAUGUACUUGACAAUACAUCCAAAGACAAGGAAGGAGAGACAUCUCACUAUUCUAUAGACAACAAGCGACCGUCAGUACAAAAAGUUCUGUACUCCACUGCACUGGAGUCUAUACAAGGACCAGGAAAAGCUGUUGACGCUGUUAUUAGCGAGGACACGAUGGGUGGCAUUCCUGCGAAAAACCACAGAGGUGAACGGGUACUCCUUUUCAUGGGCAUCAUUGACAUUCUGCAGUCCUAUAGGUUGAUAAAGAAGUUAGAACAUUCGUGGAAAGCGUUAGUUUAUGAUGGGGACACAGUGUCAGUCCACAGGCCAAGUUUCUAUGCAGGCAGGUUUCUGAAGUUUAUGAAUUCCAAGGUCUUCAAAAGGGUCCAAGCUUUAAAGUCUUCACCUUCCAAACGACGGUGCAAUUCAAUCCCAGCUUUGAAGUCUUCAUCACAGGAGAUACUGUCUCCCAGCAAUCAAGAAUGGUCAGAAGAGAAAAACAUAAAAUUAGCGGAGGGACAGAGCUUCAGCAGUCUGGAUGAAGAGGCAUUAAAUUCAAGGCAUCGACCUGACCUUGUGCCAAGCACCCCUUCCUUGUUUGAAGCUGCUUCCUUAGCAACAACUAUAUCCACUUCCUCGUUAUUUGCUGAUGAUCAGUAUCACCAUGAAGAUACGAUUCGCUAUUCCAGCAGAAGAGGUUUGCCAUCGAGUUCAACAUUCACACUUGAAGACAGUGCAUACCAGACAUCCGAACAGAGCACGAUAGAAAUGGACAAUGAUAAUGGCUCCAUCUUUGAUGUCUACUUAUAAAGUAUACUAAGCAGACGAAUGAACCGUAUUGCAAGGAACUCACAUUUGCCACGUGCACAAAAGAUAAUGGUGGAUUACGAAGUGUGUCCUGUUUUGACCUGAGAUGAUAAUCUAGAAAUGUAUGCCAUUUCAGACAGGACAUCUAGCUAAGUCUUCUGCAUUGACUUGACAUAUGUGACAAGGUGGUAUGGAAUAUGGACAGUUUGUUGCACUCUACUCUUGAACUGUGAAGAACUCUUACAAAAUAAUGAAGAUCGUGCUUUCAUUGCUGCAGAUCACCUUGGACUGAAGGGUGAUGCUCUUCCUAAAAAAAUCACUUUGUGUUUUCUUUGCAUGUUUUCCACUGUUACUGGCACGACGUGUGAACUUAUUGGCCUACUAAAAACAGACUCAAGAACAUUAUAAAUGCAAAGUUAAGCUGUUUUUCAUUUCUUCUGAUUCUAAAAUAAUAAUCACUAAAGUCAGUCUUGUUUGGUUAUCAAAUAACUUCAUGCACCAGUUUGCUUUUGUGUACACAUACGUUAUGGAGAAUAGCUUCCGUACAGAUAUUUUCAAUAUGUUUACUAGAGAAAUGAAGAUGUGCUAUUUAUAACUAAGCCUUAUGUUGUGUACAUACUGUCUUUGAAAUAUUGUGAUCUAGUUUAUUGCUUGUAAAUGAAAAAUUAUAUAAUUUAUUUAGAAAAAAAUAACUGUAUACUAUAGUUUUAUUGAUGAAAGAAAUAAAAUAUUUUGUUCUCAG